AUGAAUCCGACUACGCCUCUGCUGUCCCCCGACCGAACGUCAACGUCCUACAGUAACUUGACCGAAUUUCCUCCUUUGGUUCUCAGAAAUGACAAGAAGCGACGAGGGACAAAGAAGAGCUUGCGAAUCAAGAUGCAAAUUCCCUUGCUGUGCUACGCGCGUUUUAUGGUGACGAUGACAUACUUCUCCAUCUUCCCAUACGUAGCUCUGGUGAUACAGCACAAUAGUGGUUCACGGGCCACUGAUAUCGGUACAUGCGUAGGCCUCUUUGAAGUACUAUUCUUGGCUGCGCAGGCCCUGACAUCAAUGUUCUGGGUCAUCAUGGCAAACAGAUUCGGUAACAAGUCGAUACUGGUAUAUAUCCUUCUUGGGACGGCUAUCAGCUCGGUCAUUUUCGGCUUUACAUCGUCGGUCUGGCAAAUGGCACUCUGCCGGUGCUUCAUGGGGCUCGUUUCAGGUGGGGACGUCGUCAUCCGCGUUAUGAUCGGGAAACGGUGCAUGACGGAGACAGAGGCUACUCGUGGAUUCAGCCUAUCUUCCCUAGCUGGAAAUGUCGGAAUGGCCUCUGGACUUCUCAUGGGCCAUGCUCUUGUCAGCCAUUUCCGUCAAUACUCAACUAUCUUCAAGCCCGUUUCUUUUCUUGGUCAACAUCCAUUCUGCCUCCCAGGAAUUACGAUUGGCGUCAUGAGCGUAACUUGCGCCAUCGUUGCUGCACUGUUCGUGGAGGAUGCCAACGAGGCCGGAGAAGAUACCCAUUCUACGAGCUUUCUACCUCCAACCAGGACAUCUCUCCGCGAACUACUCAGGUCUCCCGGUGCCAGUAACACGGUUUCAUCGUUUAUCAAUAUAAGCCUGCUGGGUUCUGCUUUCACUGCCGUUGCAACCCUCGCACUAUACACAGACAUCGGCCAAGGCGGCCUGGAAUUACCAGGUCACGAAAUUACGCUGUACAUGAUCUGUCAGGUCGCUUUCGCAGCAUGCUGGCUAUUUUUGAUAUACCCAGCCUUAUACCGACAGUUUGGUACACAGAACAUCAUUUCAUUAAGCCCAAUUAUUUUUCCCUUCUUCUUUGUGAGUCUUAGCAUCAUGAAUGCAUUUGUUCGCUCUGGUAGCGAACCUGGUUUCUACCUAUUUCGGGUCGUUUUGGGCGUGAUGACAAUCAUGGGGCCCGCUGUCCAUAUGGCAGUUACGGCAGUCUACGUUGGCUUGCAAGAGGUUUCGCCCUGUCCUCAAGAGCUCGGUUUGCUCAAUGGAGUUGCAGAAGCGGCUUCUUGCCUUCUACAAGCGACAGUUUUAUCACUGGGGAUUUUGAUCUAUGCCUUUUGCAAUGACCCUAGUGUGACAGCUGGGUAUCUUAACUGGGUUGUCUUGUUACUGGUCGGGUUAUCUUUCUUUGUUUUAAUAUUUCCUACUUGGACGAGGCUCACAAAAAGUUAA